AUGAAUAAAUUAGAAAUAUUAAAUAGUCCUAGAUUAACUACUUAAACAGAACAUGUUAAAAGAUCAUUCUUUAAUAAGGAUCUAAAAAAUGAUAAGAAUUUAGAAUCUUCUAUAUAUCAUCAAAGAACUUAAAAAAAUGAUGGUACAUGUAGUCCAACUAAUCAAUAAAAUGAAACAAUGUUAGAAUAAAUUAGAAGAUUAAAAGAUAAGAUUAAAUUAUAAUAGAAAGAAAUAGAAAGAUUAUCAUGCAUAAAUGAAUAUUUAAUAUAAGCAAAUCAAACAAAACUAAAUAUUUUAUAAUCAGAAAGAUAAUUUCAUUCUAAAAAAAUUACAAUAAAAUUAGGUCAUAAUAAGACACUUAGUGAAAAGAAGAAUUAUUUAAGUAAAUUUUUAGAUGAUACAUCAUAAUAAAGUCCUAGUGUUAAAAGAAGAAUCUAUAGAAAUCCAACAUUGGCACGAUUACAUUUAGAAUAAGAAAGUGAAUAAUAAAAAAAUGAAAAAUAGACUUAAAAAGCAUCUACAUUUUAUGAUACAUUAUAAUAAGAAGAUUGUUUUAGAACUAAUGCAAUUUUAAAUAUAUAAUUAUCUGAUGAAGAUGCUAUGUAAUAAUAUAAAUAAGAUGGAACUGUAUCAUUAAUGAGAGAAUUAUUAGAUAAUGAAGAUUCAUUUGGAGAUAUAAUAUAAAAUAUGUCUGCAUAAAAAUUAUCAUUUCUUUAUGAUAAAUUUAAAAGAAUAAUGUCAGAUCAUAAUCAAUUAUUUAUUUUAGUAUUAAGAUUAAAAAAAAUUGUUAUGGGUGCUUUAUAAAUGAAUUCAUCAAUUUUAUUAGAUGAUGCUUUAUAAACUAUAAUAAAUAAAUGUGUAGAUUGUUUAGAAUGUGAUAGAGCAUCAUGUUUUAUAGUAGAUGAAAGUAAAAAAGAAUUGUGGACUAGAGUAGCUAAAGGAACAUCAACUACAAUACGUUUAUAAAUAGGAUAAGGAAUUGCUGGUUUUGUAGCAUAAUCAAAAAGUAUAUUAAAUAUAGAAGAUGCUUAUAGAGAUUAAAGAUUUAAUUCAUAAUAAGAUAUUAAAAAUAAUUAUAAGACAAAAACAUUAUUAGUUUGUCCAAUUAUGGAAAAUGAUAAAUGUGUUGGAGUAUUAUAAUGUGUUAAUAAAUAAAGUGGUUAUUUUACAAAAGAUGAUGAAGCAUUAUUAUAAAUAAUGUGUGAAUUUUCAAGAUCAGUACUUAAAAAUGCUAUGAAUCAUGAUGCUUAAAUGUUAAUUUAAAAUAAAUUAAGACAUCUUAUUAAAACUGGAGUAUUAUUAUAAUCUAAAUAAUAUGAACUUCAUUAAUUUAUAUAAUAAGCAGAAGAAAGAUUAAGAUCACUUAUGAAUGUAGAUUUUGCUAAAAUUGUUUAUAAUGAUAUUUAAAUUAAAAAAGUAAUUCAUAUUAAUAGAGAAGCUAAAUUAGAUGAAUGUGAUAAUUCAUUAGGUAUAAUGGGUAAUUGUAUAUAAAGUUAAUCAAUUAUUGCAAUAAGUAAUUGUUAUAUUAAUCCUCUUUUCAAUCCUAAUAUUGAUAUAGAAACAAGUAUGCCAAUUAUUUGUAUGCCUCUAAAACAUAAUAAUUAGAUUAUUGGAGCAUUAUAAGUUGUUAAUGUUAAAGGCAUAGGAGGUAGUGAUUCUAAAGUUAACUCAAUAGAUUUAGAAAUGUUAGAAUUAUUUUGUCUUUAAACUUCUUAAUGUUUAAUAUAAAUGAAAAGCAAUAAAAAUUGA